CAAGCCAAUGUAAGCAAACAAAUAAACAAACGCGAAGCAUGUCGCUGGACAAGCUUACGCAGACGCCAAUGCUGCAGCCGGAGCUGAAGCAGCUUUGCCGCGUUUGCAAUGUGUCCUCUAAAGCAGCGUUACCGAUCUUCCAGCCACACAGCAUUGACGGCGACGGCGAGCUAACGACGUUGGCAGCGCUGCUUAGACUUUGCGCCAAUUUGGAUGUGCUGGAAGAAGAGAACUUUAUGCCUAGUUACAUGUGCAAGGACUGCGUCGAUUGGCUGAAACAUGUCUACCACUUUAGACGCACUGCUGAGCGCACUGAUCUCUUGCUGCGCAAACGUCACAAACACACUCAAGCUCGGCUUAAUGCGGAAUCGGAUGAGUAUAUCUUUGUGCUGGAGCAGGCUUAUCUGGAAACACUAGAGACUUCAACUGUUUGCAGUCAGAAGCAGGAGCCAGAACCCUACGAAGAUAUGCUGUCUGAUGAAUUGCAGUUAGAAUGUGAAGCCUUUGAAUCGGCUGUGCCAGUGGACAAACAGCAGCAGCCAGCUGCAGGUGAUGAAGCAGCGCCCAAGAGGCGUUAUAGAUCUCAAAAUUUCAUGCUGCAGUGUGGGAUCUGUGGAAAGUAUUUGAGCACUACCAAUUCGUUUAAUUAUCAUAUGCGACUGCAUGGCGACGAGUGUCCGUAUGUUUGUGAAAUCUGCGGCGCAGCGUUUAAAACACGCAAUGCAUACGAUGGCCAUGUAACACUACACAAUCCGGACAAUCCCAACAAAUGUCAUUUGUGCCCCAAAACCUAUCGCCAGGCUUCCUCCCUACGCGCUCACCUGCUCACUCACAGCGGCAUCAAGCCCUUUAGCUGUGACAUCUGCGGCAAGGGUUUGACCCAGAAGUCCGGCUAUAAGAAGCAUAUGCUAACACACACAGGCGAAAAGCCGCAUCACUGCGAUAUCUGCGGACGCCACUUUCGAUAUUCCAGUAAUUUAAUAGCACAUAAACGCAGCCAUACGCGUAAUUCCAUAAAAACUCCGAGAGCAGCGCCAGGCUCUGUAAAGAAACGCACUCGAAAAAGAGCGAGAAAGAAAGAGAAAGAGCGAGACUCACAAUCAGAAUUGGACAUUUAACUUGAAUUGAAUGACAAUUAGGAUAGAAAAACAUACACACGUUAUUGUUUAUAUAUGAAUAUAUAUAUGCAUAUAUGUACAUAAUAUAUCUGAACAUUUA